UUCACUGCCAUUGACGACUAAAGUCGUCAUUUUAAAUACAACCGUUCACUGCCAAUGACGAUUUUAGUCGUCAAUUACGUUUUUUAACGGGAGGUGGUAGGGAACAAGCUCGCGCACCCUGACAGUAAACACCAAUCAUCUAAAAAUGAUCUUCAUCUGUGUGUGCGUCAGUGACGUGUCACGUGAUCAGGAAGAAGCCGAUCCAUGAAAUAGGAGCUGGUUUUAGGAAGCCACUAUGCCUAAGGCGAGACGCAAAGCGGAUAAUCUUAUGCAGCUCACACUUCAACAAAGUCUGUUUCGCGGUAGCAAAACUUUGCAUCGUGUUCCUAUCAAAAGAAAAGAUGACAACCAACCCGGGCCAAGCGGAGACGAAAGGCAUACGCCGCAACAUGUUUCAUCUGAGCCAGAGACAGCGAUUUCAGCAGACAGUUCCGACUCGGAUCAUUUUAGCGAACCUGACCCAGAUUCUUCAGAUGAAUGGUUGCCGUCUGGACCAACCGGGAGCAGCAGAGAUUCUUCACCAGACGAUAAAAGAAAAAAUGAAGAAGAUCGUGCACCCAGAAAAGCUCCCCCUGCCACAACUAGUACUGCAAAGAAAAGAGGUCGUGCAUCAAGCAGGAGUCGAGGGCAGGAUUUGGACUGGGAUGAGGCUGGCUGGCAACCCAACAAGAUGCCUUUCACUGCAACCUCUGGACCCAAAGAUGCUGCUGCAGACCUAGACUGUGAUGUGCCAGCUAAGUUCCUGGAGCUCUUCCUGACUGAUGAGCUGCUUGAUCAUGUUGUGCAUCAAACAAAUCUGUAUGCAAGUCAGUAUCUUCAAGCACACCCUGACCUACCACAACAUAGCAGAGGUAAUGCUUGGAAGCCAGUGUCAGUCUCAGAACUGAAAACUUUCUUUGGACUAACUUUCCUGACUGGCUAUGUCAAAAAACCAAGCACUGAAAUGUACUGGAGUGUGGAUGAGGUGGAUGCCACACCUUAUUUCAGCAAAACCAUGUCAAGGAACAGGUUUCAGAUUAUAUGGAAGUUUCUGCAUUACAAUGACAAUGCAAAUCUGGAUGUGAAUGACAAAAUGUACAAAGUCCGCCCAGUGUUAGAUUACAUUGUGGAAAAAUUCAAGCAGAUGUAUCAGCCAGACAAAAACAUUUGCAUUGAUGAGGGUAUGAUGCUGUGGCGAGGGCGCUUAUCUUUCAGGGUGUACAACCCACAAAAGCCUGUGAAAUAUGGAAUCAAGUCCUACAUAUUGUGUGACUCUGCCACAGGUUAUUGUUUCAACAUGAGGCCUUAUUUUGGGGAAGGUAGUAGUUUGCCAGACACCGUAUUUUCUCUUCUUGAUCGCCUUUCAGGUCAUGGCUAUACACUGUAUAUGGAUAACUUCUACAAUUCUGUAGCAUUGUGUGAGCGCUUACUGGAAGCACAGACCAAUGUCUGUGGAACACUGAGGAAGAAUAGGGGGGAGCCUCAGGUCAUCAGGGAUUUGGUAAAAACCGAUCUAGGGAUUGGGGACAAAGUUGUGCGGCACAAUGACAAAGUCAUGGUAGUAGCAUGGCAGGACAAACGAUUAGUGAAGAUGGUGACAACCUGCCACCAAGAUGGGAUGCAGAAAGUUGAUGUGUGGCAGAAGGGGCACAAAGACAAGGUUGCUCAGUUCAAGCCAGAGUGUGUUGUUGCAUACAACUCUCACAUGAAUGGAGUGGAUAAGUUGGACCAAAACAUUUCCUACUACCCCUUCAUCCGCAGGUCGCUGAACUGGUCCAAGAAGUGUGUUGCCUAUCUGUUCCAAAUGUGCAUGUUUAACGCCUAUAUCCUGUACCGAGCCAGAAACCCAGGGGGAUGUAACACACUUUUGAAGUUCAUUCGUAGUGUAGUGAAGUCCUGGACCUUGAAGGUACACGAGCGGAAAGGGAGUGAGGUGGGGGAACAGGUAGAGGAAGAGGAAGGAGCAGGUGUUGAGGAUGGGGACUUGGAGGAUGUCAAACAUACUCUGAGGGCACCCUAUAACACUGACCCAGAGAGCAGGCUAGAUGGAGACCUUGGCAGACACAAACUCUGUUACCUGAAACCCACCAGUAAGAAGUUGAGACCAACAAAAAGAUGUAGGGUCUGCAUACGCAGAGGAACUCGCAGAGAGACGAAAAUGAUGUGCAAAGUCUGUUGUGUCCCCUUGCACGCAGGACAGUGUUAUAUAGAUUACCACACCACAGUGAGAUACUCUGUCUCUGUGCAGGGGUAGAAGUGUGCACACACACACACACACACACACACACACACACACACACACACACACACACACACACACACACACACACACGGGUAUAACUACAACAGCACUUUCUGUAAGAUUGCAUGCCUGCAAAUGAAAUUGUUACCUUUGACAAAAAUGAUUAUUUAUUGUUAUACAUUUGUGAAUAAACAUCAAAUUUCUUGUCAAAAA